AUGUGAGCAUCAGUAUGAAGCAUAUAUAUUCAGAGAGGUGAUGUCAGAGUGGAGAGGACGAGGUUCUUGGGACCAGCUGUAACGCACCAGACAGUAUCUCAACACAACAGGUCACGAUCCACCAUGGAAUCUGCCAUCUGCACCCUGGUCACCCAGUUCAAGGAGUACGCUGGGAAGGAUGGAUCCACCAGCACCCUGAGCAAAGACGAAUUCCAGAACCUGCUGACCUCCCAGCUGCCCAACUACGCCAAGAACUUCAGCAGCCCGGCAGCCGUCGAACAGCUCAUGAGCUCGCUGGACGAAAACAACGACGGCGAGCUGACCUUCUCCGAGUUCUGGCAGCUGAUUGGAAAACUGGCGAGCCAACAGGGCGGCUUCGGCCAGUAGAGCUUGGGUUGUGCGACAACCAAUCAACCCAAUUGCAGCUGUCCAGCUUUAAAUUAAAAGGCAUUUGAAUUCAUUUAUCUCAUGUGUAACUCUUUAGUUAACCAUUUGGGAGCAUUGAAUUAAAGGCUUCAUUGUCUUGAACCCGAGGCCA